GAAGAGACUGCUCGUUAUUGAUGGUAUAGUCUAUAGCGGAUACAUGAAGUACACACCGACUGUUUUGCAUGUGAAAACCGUGUGCCGGUCUUGUGCAAUGUACCCUCGUGGAAUUUGUCUCAGAGGCAAAAUGUUAUCUUUAGCUGCUUAACGGUUCUAAAAUGACAGUGUUUUCUAAAACUGCCAGCUUUAAUGAUCUGGUUCCUCUUUUGCCGGCGUUGGACCUUCCUGCCACCCUCAAAAUGUUGUUCUCACAUCGGAACUUUGUUCACGCUCUCGCCGGCGCGGUGGGAAGUGUGACAGCCAUGACAGUGUUUUAUCCUUUGGAUACUGCAAGAACCAGACUUCAAGUUGAUGACAAAAGAAAAGCAAAGAGCACAGCUUAUAUAUUAAUGGAUAUUAUUCAAGAGGAAGGAGUGCAUUCUUUAUACCGUGGUCUCCUGCCAGUUUUAUCAAGCCUUUAUUGUUCAAAUUUUCUUUAUUUCUACACCUUUAAUGGUCUUAAGACUGCUUUUGUGGGCAGAGGGAAAACAUCUUCAUCACUUCAAGAUCUGUUAUUUGGAUAUUUAGCAGGCAUUGUUAAUGUUCUCAUGACAACACCACUGUGGGUAGUGAAUACUCGCCUAAAGCUACAGGGAGCAACAUUCAGAACUAAGGGUCUAGAAUGCAACAAAACAAAAAAAUACAAAGGAAUUAUCGAUGGUUUACUACGAAUUAGCCAAGAAGAAGGUCUGUCAACCCUGUGGAGUGGAACAGGCCCAUCUCUUGUUCUUGCUGGCAACCCUGCUAUUCAGUUUAUGGUCUAUGAAGCAAUAAAGAAGUUCUUGAUGCACGAAGAUAAAAAGGCUCUCAGUGGAAAACAAUACUUUGCACUGGGUGCAAUUGCCAAAGCUGUCUCCACUGUUGUUACUUAUCCCCUACAGGUGGCUCAGUGCAAGCAGAGAUCUGGACACAAAACACCAAAUGGAAAAGCAGACAUCUUCUCUCUAUUAGCAAGACUUACGAGGGAGCAAGGCGUCAAGGGUUUAUAUAAAGGACUGGAGGCUAAGCUGCUUCAGACUGUAUCAACUGCAGCCUUAAUGUUCGUCGCUUAUGAAAAAAUCGCUGCUUUCAUUUUCAGAUUACUUCGGACAACUCAGAGAUGAUCACUCCAGUGAAUAUUUAAAAAUAUACAAUACUUUAUUUUAUUUCUUAGAACUAAAAAAUAGGUGCGCAGGGCGUACUUUUGUGGCCUUCUUAUCUGAGAAGAGUAUCCAAACCUGCAGCCUUGUGCUAAAUGUUACUUGAUGUAUGGUAUUUACACAGCCGGAUUCACUAAGCUCUUGAUAAUUCAGCUGAAUUUGUCGUCAGUUUUUAAGAUUCUUAUAAACAGUUAUAGCAACGCAAGUGUAAAACGUUCCACGAAAAUCCAAACUUCUUGGGCUUUGCUUAGAUUGUUCACAGCCCUCUGUUUUUCGUACUUUUUUUCGCGAAAGAAUUGAAGUGGUUGGGAGGUUAUUACUCGCUGUCUCUCAACUUCUAUCUUUGAGUAGAAAAAACAGAGGCUGUCAACAGUUAAGGCCUAGUCCUUCGUCAGACGUCAACAGAUGGUCGUUCUGUCCGAAACUAACACAUUGAUCCCACUUUUUAUAAUAUUGUUUUUAAAAAUCUGCUUUGAGAUAUUUUGAUUUGACUGCUGUAAAAAAAAAAAAAAACACAUCUUAACGAAAUGUUGUUUAUAGGCGCAUGCUACAUAUUCUUUGAUUUGCUUCAUAAUCUUAAUUCCUUUUCAAAUAAAAUCUUUUAUAAUGUUA